AUGCAAAAAGGCUCAUCUGGUGCCUCAUAUAAAGAUUUGUGGCAUGCUGUGGUAGAAGGGUCCUUUCCUGAUGUAGAUUUUGCAUUGGCGCUAUUGAAGAAGAAUGGAAGUAAUAUCAAUUCGAGGAACAGUUUGGGUCUGACCCCUCUUCACAUUGCAACUUGGAGAAACAACAUUCCCAUUAUUCGAAGGCUUCUAGCUUCUGAUGCUGAUCCUGAUGCUAGGGACGUAGAAUCUGGGUGGAGUAGCCUUCAUAGGGCUCUACAUUUCGAUCAUCUUGUUGUAGUGAGUGUUCUUCUCCAGUCUGGUGCUUCUAUUACAUUGGAAGAUUCAAAAUGUAGAACACCUAUAGAUCUCAUGUCACGAAAGCCUCUUAUUAUUGCACGAAAAUCAAAUCUUUUUCAAAGAAGUAUAGAAGAGGAACAUGAGUUCAUUAAUCUUAUUUCAUCAGAGUCCAAUGAAGUUUGUAACAGAGAGGAUAAACGAACAAUAGCACCUGAGCAUAUUAGAAAUGAAAAGGCAAGGAGGUACCUUAGUAGCAUGCGUAAAAAGCCACCGAUUCCUUUCUCACAGAAGUUCCCUAAUGUGGAUCUCGGGGCUCUUCGUCUACUUGAGCGCUUACUUUCAUUUGAUCUAAAAGAUCAUCCCACAGCUGAAGAAGUAAGAUUGAGAAUUCCUAGUAUUUAA